AGACCCGAGAGAACCUGACAACUUUUCCUGUCUUCACCCGAUCAAUGCUUGCCACCCAAAGUGAACCCUGAAUUAUGGCGGCUUCUGGGCCGACGCCGCAUGGAACUGGCUUUCCAGCAGAGGGGCGAUGUGGCUACUAUGUGGAAAAGAAGAAGCGCUUCUGCAGGAUGGUGGUGGCAGCAGGAAAAAGGUUCUGUGGUGAACACGCUGGAGCCGCGGAGGAAGAAAAUGCUCGGAAAAGAAUCCUGUGUCCUUUAGAUCCAAAACACACAGUAUAUGAAGAUCAACUAGCAAAACAUUUGAAAAAAUGUAACUCAAGAGAGAAGCCAAAACCUGACUUCUUUAUUCAAGAUAUUAAUGCAGGCUUAAAAGAUGAAACAGAGAUACCUGAACAAUUAGUUCCAAUUUCUUUUCUCUCUGAAGAGCAGAUGGGAAACUUAAUUAAGAAACUGAGAAAAGCAAGUGAGGGUUUGAACUCUACACUUAAAGAUCAAAUUAUGUCCCAUCCAGCAUUGCAUGAUGCCCUUAAUGACCCUAAAAACGGUGAUUCUGCAACCAAACAUCUGAAACAGCAGGCUUCUAUUUUAGGUAACAUUGAAAAAUUAAAGUUACUUGGUCCAAGAAGAUGCUUUGUUGAGUUUGGAGCAGGAAAGGGAAAAUUAUCUCAUUGGGUUGAUAUUGCCUUAAAAGAUGCUGAAAAAGUUCACUUCAUCCUAGUAGAAAAGGUGACCACAAGAUUCAAGGUAGAUGGCAAACACAGAAAGAAAAAUUCAGUGUUUGAGAGACUUCAAAUUGAUAUUCAGCACCUGUGUUUGAACAAGAUUCCUUUGCUAAGCAAAGAAAAACUACCUGUGGUAGGAAUUGGAAAACAUCUGUGUGGUGUGGCAACAGGUACGUGGCUUUGUCCCUCAAGUUCUCUGUGAAGGAGGGGUUGAGAUGGAUUGCUAAAGCUCCUUCUGAUUCUAAAAUAACUUCAUUCUUUUAAUAAUUUUUCUGAUUAUCCCCAUUUCUGAAAAUCAUUUACUUAACUCCAAUAUAAGUAAAACAGUGACUGAAUAUCUUUUGUCAGAAAAUAAUAGUUUAUAAAAUAAUAGAUCAGCUAUCACCUUCUCCAAAUAACAGGUUCCUGAUAGUUUGUUGACUUAAAUUCAUAUAUUGUAUUAUAUAUACUAGUAAACUAUCAGAUCAUUUACUGGUCACUUGUGACAUCUUGGGAUAAUAAAGUUUAAAAAUACAUAUGUUUUUGAUUGAUCAAACAGUGUGACAUUCUAAUCAGACAGAAAAUGUGGAUUUUACAGCAUAUAUUUGGAGUCUUUCCAGUAUUGUCAAUAAUAUAGCAGUCGUCAGUGGGAAAUUAUCAUAAUCUUCAAAAAUCCGUUUGUUUAGUUUUUAAGUGGACUAUAAAUUUUUCAUUCUAAUAUAGAGUUCAUUUGUCUAUAAGUUUGUAUUUAUUAAUCAUCAUACAUCCACAAAGCCUUGCACAUGAAAGGCCUUCAGUAACUAUUUGCUGAAUGAAUACAUUGCUACUCAGCAAGGCCUACUUUCCACCUUCUGACCCCACUCUUCUCAACUCUUCACUAUUUGCUGUGAACAUCUUAUAUUUCAAGACUGACACCUAACAUCAACUUAGCAGAUGCUUAGCCGAUGCCUUUCCUCUUUCUUUCUUUGGGUUCUUUAAGCUCAAAACUUCCCUGGAAUGUUAAAUGUAGAGACAUAAAAUUUUUUCUAUACAAGUCAUUUCCUUAACAAGGAUAGGAGAAAUGAGAGCAAAUUUGAGUAGUUGGACAAAAAGUUUUACAAAUUUUAGAUCUUAAGCUUCACACAGUUUUUGGGCGGAAGUUGACUUUAUGCAGAAUAAAUCAUUAGAGAAAAUGGUACAAUAAUGAGAAAAGGGCAAAUAUGAACAAAGUUGAUAAUUCAUGAAAGAAUUAGUACAAGUAUAGAGCUAAGUAAGUUUUUGUUGGGCUUUUAAAAACCAUACUGCCUAAUAAAUGUAAAAAAUACUUAUUUUUAAAGAUGAUGUGGUUUGGGGGGCCACAUAAUUGUGUUUGCAGAUCUUGCAUUACGAUGUUUGGUUGAAACCUAUGCUGCCAGUUGUGAGGAAAGG